AUGACAUUGCCAAGGUUCAUCGUUCUCAAAACCCUCCGUGCCCCAACAUACCUCGGCUACAAACACGACAAUGGCAACUUCAAUGGCUAUGCCGAGUUCACCGAACUCAAGGUUGUGAGCGCAAAUGCGAAAUUCGAAGUGGAGUUCGCUAAAGAUGGGCUGGUGCAUAUAAGGAGCUGUACCAACAACAAAUAUUUGGAACGAACUCAUAAUCUUUCCAUCACCAAAAGACCAAAUGAGGAGUAUUGGAUUACUAUAACCGCCGAUAAGCCGGAAGAAGACCGAUCUAAGGAGUCAUGCACAUUGUUCAAGGCUAUCAUGGAAGACUCCGUAAAUAAAAAUUAUCGAUUUGUCCAUGUUCAAUCUGGACACUAUUUAUGCUUAUGGUCAUUGGAUACAUCAGAACUCGGUCGUGGCGUGUUGGCAAACCACAAUCAAGUUGCGGCUAAUCGCGAUCAUAUCUUCAAAGUUAUUGAUUGGGAGACGUUGGUGAUUCUGCCCCGCUACGUUGCUUUCAAAGGAAACAAUAAUAGGUUCCUUCGUCUUACAGAAGUUGAGGGUCAAUCGUCAUUAGAAUUCUCGAGUAAGGAUGUUGGUGGUCACUCUGUGACAAUGAAGGUUUUCUAUAUGAAGAAUGGUGACAUCCGGAUCAAGCUGGUUUCUUCCGAUAUGUUCUGGAGGAGUAGACAGAAUAAUAUUCAGGCAGAUUCUGAUGACAGUGUAGGUAACGAUAAGGACACUCAUUUUCGUGCCUUCAAAGUCGACAGCAAGACCAUAGCUCUGCUCAACGUCGGCAACGAAAAGUUCUGCAACUGCGAGCGCGACAUAACCAGGGUAAUGACCGAUUUCCUUGCUGCAACCGACACUUCUAUUACUAAAGAAGCCUACCUACGUGUUAUAGAGCCUGUGUUGUCAAGGACGAUUUAUAAUGUCCGAUACGACACAGAAAAUGCUCGGGUCUAUAACGAAAAGGUCCUUGUUGUGGCCCAGAAUUCCGCCACUAACCGUACCACCCAAGCCAACACACUCGAUGUGAAACUUUCCUAUAGUGAGACCAAUACCAGUACUUGGCUAGCUCCUUUUACACUAGAUCUCGAAACCAAAGCUACAUUCCAAGUCGGGGUUCCAUUCAUCGGUGAAACGGGUGUCGAAAUAUCUCUCAAAUACGAAACAGGAAUCGAGUGGGGAAAGACCAAGACGACGACCACCGACAUGGAAGUUACGCUCCAAGUUAGUGUGCCGCCCAUGACUAAGGUGACGGUGUAUCUUAAGAUGACUAAUGGCACGUGCGAUGUUCCCUUCGUGUUCACUCAAAAAGAUACUCUUUAUAAUGGGACUUUCGCUACUACUAAUGUCCUAGGUAACACUUUCACCGGUACUAAUUAUUACAACAUCCAAUAUGAUAGCAAAGAAGAACCCCUCACCUCUAAACCCCCCAACUCUAGAAAUUGUGAAAUAAUUUAA